GCCGCCCAGACAUAAAACUUGAAGAAGAAAUUGGAGACAAGUCACGUGGUGAAUUAAUCUAAGUGAAAUGUUUUAUACGAACUAAUUUUAUUGUUAGUUUACGUCAUAUGAUUAUUUUUUAUUUGUGAUAGAAUUACGAUGUGAUGGCCACUUAAUACUAAAAUCGGGUGCGUUCCAAAUCGCUAAAUUAUGCACCAUUGUACGCCGUUUUGUAUUAGUGCGUUCACACCGUAAAUUCUAGCCUGGUUGUCAAUGCAGUUGUACUCGUGACAGGCACUAACGUUAUAUGAUAAUCUGGUGAUUUGUUUCAAUUUAUUACUUAUCAUUCUUUUGUUACUUCAUUUUGGAAACUAUUUGAGUUUCCGUCGCAGCAUAGAUAUGUCACGGCCUCUGUUUGGCGGUGCGUUAUCAGCCGUUUUCCCUUCCAGUGUUAUGGAUAUCAGUGAACUGAGACAGAUCCCUGAUAACCAAGAAGUGUUCGCUCACUCUCAAACAGACCAGAGUAUUAUCAUUGAACUGCUGGAGUAUCAAAGCCAAGUGCAGGAUGCUGACGCAGCCAGGUAUCACUUUGAAGACGUGGCUGGCAGUAACAAGGCGAUAGAGAAUGGCACAUGGGAGGUCAGAGUGGUGGAACAGGUUCCCCAGUCAGAGAUCUCUAUGCAGGAAUGCAGCUCUGCAUGGCUGCUUUCUGGAGCUCAGCUUGUUUCUAAAUUCAAUGAGGAGGCAAAGAACACUGUGAAUGUCCAUCAGUGCUUGUUUCGCCUACCGCAGUUCACCACUGACAUCUUAAUGACGUUCAACGAUCCUGUUUUUAUCAAUCCCCUCAGCAGCAGUGCCGCUGGUAAUAUGGAAGCUAUACCAUGGACACUACAAGACUUCCAGGGUGUUCUGCAGUCCUUGCGUCUACUCGACUCUGGAGUGUUCGGGUAGUUGCUUAAUGGGGUCUAAAUUAAAAAAAAAACUAAAAAAAAAAAAAAAAACCUUUUACAUUAAUGUAUUUUAAAAGCUAGACUCUCUGAGAUUUUUGUUUCUUUUCUUUGCAUUUGUUUGAUUCAUAGAUUUGUUAUGUAAAUAGAGAAUCUUGAAAUGUAAAAGAGAAAUAAAAGAUACUUAUUUUUUAAUAAGAAAGAA